CAGGUUUACUGCUCAAUGUCACGUGUUCAUCUUUACUUGCGCGUCGGUCUCGCGAUUAGGGCACAUGUGCCUCUCUAUUUAUUUUAACUUAAGUUUGUUAUUAUAUAUUGAAGUGAAAAUGCUCCCAGGAGAGGAGGCAAAAGUGCGGGAAUUGUUAUUAAAAGGGGGGCUUGAUGAGAAGACUGUGUCUGAUUUUAUUGUCAAUUCAAUGGAUUUAUUUGCAAUCCAACAUAUGGAUACAAAUACAUUAAAUAUUUUGGUUCCUAAGCUUGGUCAGAAGAUCAGAUUUGAAACCCAACGGAAAGAGUGGCUUGAAAGUUUUGACUUCGGAGCGGAAACUUCCACUGACGUAAAUUCAAAUAUUAAAACAACCUCUAUAUCUUAUAUGAAUAAAUUGGACUAUGAAGAAGUGCCGUCGAUUAUUUUUCAAGAGGUUGAAAAUAAUUCUGAUCUUCUUAACGAGUCGGUGAAUGCAUUCAAACCUUUAUCAGGCAUUAUCACAGGAGAAAUUGAUGACAAUAUUGAGAUUAUUGUAGAAAAACACUUGAAAAGUGCCGAUACUUCGAUAUCUAAAGAUUUUCAACCAGUGAAGAAAAAAGUUAAGACAUACGACUUAGAAAGUGUUUUGAAGUCAAGUCCAGAUGGAACCACAGUUUUAAAACUAUACGAGCAAGAAAAUAAAUUCUUGAAAGAUUCGAUUAGGGAUGAAUUGGUAGACUGUAUUCUGCAAAAUGAAUUAUCAGAUGAUAUGGAUAAGAGCAUUCCUCGUAACCGCCUUCAAUUUCUUGCCGAGCAGAUAAUACAAAAAUUUCCCACCGAAGAAGUGACUACAUAUUUUGAAGCAUAUCGAAGCAACAAAACUAAAAAGUUAACCUGUAAAGGAAAACUUGUGUGGAAGUAUUAUAAUCUUCGAAGAAAACUUUCCAAUUGUGGCGCCAUAACAAAAGUUAAAUUAUCAAGUAUCAAUUCAGAAAAACCCUUCACAAGCGUGGAAAUUAACAAAUCGAUUGCUGGUAGUCUCUGUUGGUUAGAACAAAACAGAGGAAAUAAAUCAAAUUGGCCUCAAGUCUUAGAUCACUGGAGAAAAACAUCAAAGAUUCGACUCAAUCAACUGAUGUAUGGGGAGGAUGUAGAUAAUGAGGUAGCAUCGACAGAUGGAGCAGUUUGUGCAAAUGCAAAGAAAUUAGCUGCUGUAAGCAAAAGUGCUAAAACCAUUGAGAAAACUAAAAAACAACUUACUCUUCAUGACUAUAAAGUAAAAUAUCCAGUAUUUCAAGAAAAUAGGGCCUACGAUUUGUUCGAGAUUGAUUUUUUUACGUUGAAGCCGGAUGUUGAUCCAUUAGCGUUAUUUAGCGAGUGGGCUACAUUGCAAUCGUUUAUUGUCGAGCAGGUUGAAAAGAAAAUUCCAGGUUUUCUACAACAAGAUGAUGAUAAAGAAAUGUCGAACGGAGAAAAAACUUUGCAUACCUUGCAAAAUUUUUGUAAGAUUUUGCCAAUCGUCAAUAUCACAGGACAACGAAAAGGUAAAAAAUCCUGGAGGCCAAGCCACGCUGAGGUAAACGAUGCUUUUUUCCGAGUUUAUAGAACUUUCGUGGAGUUUGAUGAAGUGAAAGAACAAAGGCGAGAAAAAUUAAAAGCAGCUAAAUUAACUCUGCAACCAUUUGUGGCUGUCAUUGGUCCCUUCGAAGAUCCGCUUCAAUUUAUCGUUUGUAUUGACGAAUUCUUCUAUGAUGUGCAAUCGGCUCUCCAUGCUAUUGACAUAGCCUUUAAAAGUUUUUAUGCAUUACACACGCCGUAUCCGCCUGAAUCGAAACAAAUCUGGUUAUUUUUGCAAAAAGUUGUUUAUGGUAUCACAGAAACUACUGACGAUCACUUCACAGGAGUAAGUACUAUGAUUAAAGAAUAUCAACGUUUCAAAGCGAAAUUCGAAUCUCCUUCGGCUAAACAAACCUGCUCGUAAAAAUGCGAGUAAUGUUGACAGGUUUGUCGCUAAUCUUUUCAGUUAAUGUUAUUUUUUGAUUCUUUAGAUUAUAAGUUUCUACGCGUCUCCAUUUUUUAAAAAUGCCCGUCUGCAUAGAGUGCAAGACAAAACGUGAUUUUAAAACUACAAAAGCUUUAAUUUUACAUCUUAAGAUAUCUCACAAUUAUAAUAUAUUAAGCGUUUAUCGUUGCGGAGAAAACGAUUGUUUUAGAAAAUUUAAUAGUAUUAAAGCAUUUGUUAGGCAUGUUGAGGAGCACGUUAAAAAUAGUAAUUUUUUAACUGAUAAUGAAUGUCAACCUGAACCUGAUGAAAAUGUUCUAAAUUUAGAAUCAAAUUCAUUUGAUUAUGAUCUUGAUAUCGACAAUGCCGAAAAUAUUGAAGACGAUGAAGAUACAUUUCCCUCUACGGUCUCUUUCCAGGAUAGGCUUAAAAAUGAAAGUGAUGUAUUUGUAAGUAAAUUUUACAGUAAAGCUGUCUUACCUAGAAAUGUUGUUCAAGAUUUAAUCGAUGAUACAUCAAAUUUUUUAUCCCACGGUUGUACAAAUAUUUUAAAACAAAAAGUUUUAACAACUUUGAAAUCUUCUAACGCUGAUCCAUCGGAUGUAGAUGAAAUAUCCGAAAUGUUUAAUGCAUUAGAAUCUCCCUUUUCUCAUUUAGACACAGAAUAUAAGCGUUUUCAAUAUUUUAUGGCAACCGGUAAUUUUAUAUCAGCAAAUGAAUUUGAAAUUGGAAAGCAAUUGACUCAAGUAAAAACAGAUUCAGGGACUAUUCAUAAGUGGGUUAAAGUUACCGCUCAACAUAUUCCUUUAGCACCAGUUUUAACGAAAUUUUUAGAAUUGCCCGAUUCACUUUCCAGUAUAUUAACCUAUGUUGAUUAUUUAAACGAAAAUACAGAGAAUCUUUGUAACUACAUUCAGACUGAUGCGUGGAAAAAGAAAAGGUCGAAGUUCAAAUCUAGCGAUAUUGUUCUUCCAUUGUUCGUUUAUUAUGACGAUUUUGAACCAAACAAUCCUGUUGGACAUCAUUGCUCUAAAGUUGGUGGAAUAUAUGUAACCAUCGCAUGUUUACCUCCAGAGAUAGCAUCACGUGUAGAAAAUAUAUUUUUGUCUAUUUUAUUUAAUACUAAAGAUCGUGAUGACUUCCCAGUAAAAGAUAUUAUUGCACCUCUACUUGAAGAUUUAAGAUCAUUAGAAAAAAAUGGAAUUCUUGUAAAAUUAUCUACCGGAGAAGAAAUUCGUAUUUAUUUUGUCUUGGGGUUAGUGCUAGGCGAUAAUUUAGGAAUACAUCAGCUCUGUGGUCUUGUCUGCAAUUUCUCAACGGCAAAUUAUCGUUGCCGUUAUUGCAAAAUUUACAAAAAUCAAUUGAUUAACGAUUUACAAAUAGAUGAGACAAUUUUUAGAAAUAGAACAAAUUAUGAAAUAGAUGUACUCCGAAACAGUACAGAGGACACGGGAAUCACAAGUAGAUGUGCUUUAAAUGAAUUAGAAUCGUUUCACAUAACUGAAAAUCUUUAGGGAGAUAUCUUACAUAAUUUUGAUGAGGGCAUUGCUCAUGAAGUGAUGACAUUUGUUUUGAUUAAACUCACUGAUCCAAAUACAGGAUUUUUUACAUUGCUAGUUUUGAAUACUAGACUGAAUCUUUUUGAUUUUGGCUCUUACGCAGCUUUAUAUAAAACAAAAUUAUUUAUAACUAUUGAAAAUUUAAGAAAUAGAAAGUUAAGAAUGACUGGCUCCGAAAUGCAAUGUUUUGUGCGAACUUUUGGUCUGUUGAUGGGGGACCUUGUACCUGAAAAGAAUGAAUAUUGGGAAUUAUAUUUAAGUCUUCAACGAGUCUAUGAUAUUGUUUUAAGCAAAUAUGUACCUGAAAAUAGUAUUAGAUCUUUUCAGUAUUAUGUGACCGAACUGGGACGGCAAUAUUUAAAUCUUUCUGAAGAUAAUCACCUCACUUUCAAAUUUCAUAAAAUUAUUUGGCAUUAUGGUUCAAUUAUGAAAACAAGUGGACCCGUAUCAAAUUUGAGUGUUCGUCGCUUCGAGUCAAAAAACAGAGAAUUGAAACUAGAUUCAAAAGGAAAUAUGUCGAGAGUAAAUUUAAUAAAAUCAUUAUCUAUCAAACAUCAGUUACGUUUAUGCCACAGGUUUCUUGCUAAUUGUUCCAUUCUGUCAGAAAUUCAAGUGGGUGCUGGUGAUUCGUUUGCAUCUUGUGAACUCAAUAAUCAGUUAAAAGAAUCUUUAAAAACUUUUUUCCCGAAUCUCAGUUCGGUAUUUGUUCCUCACUGGAUUAGUUAUAAGGGAUCUCAUUUUGACAAUUAUAGUAGUACAGUCAUAGUCGAUAUCGACGACUAUUUUGGUUGGCCAGUGUUUGGGGAAAUACAAAAUAUUUUUAUUUCAAAUAAAACGGUGGUAAUUUCAUGCCGCCUUUUGGAAACAAUCGGUUUUAAACAGCAUUUCCAUGCGUUUGAAAUAAAAAGAACUGAAACAAUAGUCUAUUACAACAUAGAAAAUCUUGCUGACCCUCUUCCUCUCAAUAUUUUGUGUGCCCCAAAAGGAGGACUUUUCGUCAUUUUACGAUAUCAAACAUAAGUAUAGACUUCAUUGUGAUACUCGGCUGUAAUGCUUAAUUUUUAAUAUUUAAUGUACUAAAAUAAUGUUUUAUAAUUGUAAAGAAAAAAGUUUUAAUAAAUUUUGUACUUAAUUAUCAA